UUUUCGACCGCUGUUCGCGCAUUAUAACCUCUUUUUGUUAUUUGUUUACGUGAAAUUUCUGUAGGAAAAACAGCGAAAAAUCGCCGAAAAUCAACAGGAAAACAAUCGAAUUUCCUCGCUUUCCAUUCGCCAACAAAUAAAACACUCGAAAAUCGCCAGGCGAAAAGGAGAAACAAGGACGAAAAAUGGACAAUUUAGAAGCCAACAUAAUGGACAAGUCCAUGCGAUCCGUCUUCGUGGGAAACAUCCCCUACGAGGCCACCGAAGAGAAACUGAAGGACAUUUUCGGGGAAGUGGGGCAAGUGCUGUCGUUCAAACUGGUCUUCGACCGUGAAACGGGCAAACCCAAAGGCUACGGCUUCUGCGAGUACCGAGACCAGGAAACCGCCUUGAGCGCCAUGAGGAACCUAAACGGAUACGAAAUAGGCGGGCGGAAUUUACGCGUGGACAACGCCUGUACGGAGAAGUCUCGAAUGGAGAUGCAGAAUCUGCUCAAUCAGCCGCCCGUCGAGAAUCCCUACGGGGAGCCCAUCCAGGCGGAGAAGGCUCCGGAGGCGAUCAGCAAAGCGGUGGCUUCGCUGCCUCCGGAGCAGAUGUUCGAGCUGAUGAGACAGAUGAAGAGUACCAUACAGAAUAACCCAACCGAAGCGAGACAGAUGCUUUUGCAAAAUCCCCAAUUGGCCUACGCCCUUCUACAAGCCCAAGUCGUCAUGAAAAUCAUCGAUCCUCAUACGGCAGCCAGUUUACUGCACCCCGUCAAUCAAGUACCGGCCACUUUGCUGGCGGGCGAUAAGAACGUAGGCCUGCAAGUGCCCAUCGGGAACCAAUACAGGGAGCCCCCGGGGCCAGUGCAGGCCCCCAGGCAGGAGUACCAACCCGUACCGCCCCCGACUGCAGUCGUACAUCCGGGUCACGUGCAACAACAGCCAGUUUUUACCGGUCAAGACGUCGAUUUGAGAUCAAUGGGAAACGUGACUGAUCCGAGAAUCAGACCGAUGAUGGUCGAUCAGGAUAUGAGACAAAUGCCGAACGUCAUCCAGAAUCCACUGCCGCCUACGAUCAGUGAAAGUCUUGCCAAAGCGGGAGAUUCCAAAACCGAUAACUUUUCGAGAGAUCCCCGAAGCGCCACCGGCGGCUUCCCAUCGGAUCCGAGGCAAGCCAGGAUGGACCCGAGACAAAAAAAUAUCGUACCUCCCGCCAUCCAACAACCACCAUCAUCGGUGAAUCCAAAAUUGAAUCAAGCGGGCCCCGUCCUGCCGCCGCCCGUCCGACCUGCGCAGAACGUCAUCGCGCAAUCAACGCCUACCGCGUCUGCCAUAUCUUCAUCGUUGUCGUCGGGAUCGGCAGGAGUGGGAUCGGCGGGUGCCAAUGUGAUGAGUCCGGGUAUCGGAGGAGCGGGUGCUACUGAUCAGGAAAAAGCCGCCUUGAUUAUGCAAGUCCUCCAAUUAUCCGAUGAGCAAAUUGCGAUGUUGCCGCCUGAACAGAGAAAUAGCAUUUUGGUGUUGAAAGAACAAAUUGCGAAAAGUGCGCAUGUCCGUUGAAAGGAAACGAAAAAGCUGCAUAAUUAAUGAAUAAACUUAAAUUGUAUGGAUAUUAGAAUUAAUAAUUAAGAGGGGCGUUGAGCACUUCAACAGUCGCACCAAUCGCCCCUAGAAUCUAGUAAUUUUUUUGUAGUUUCAUUAAUUGAACCAGAUGGCGUUAGCGGUCUCAAAAUUAAAUUUUUAGCCAGGUUUUUAACCAAUGAAAUUCAGAAAAUGUACUAACAGAGACUAUUUUACAAAGUAAAUGUAUUGUCGCAUUGUAAAUACAGUAAAUUUGCAUAAGCAGGUAGUCCUUUAUGAUUGUCCGUCUAAUCGUUUUCGACCCCUAACACUCUGGCGAAUAUUCUCUCUAUUUUUGUAGCGGCGAAAAUGCAUUUUUGCUUUUAAAAUUUACAAAUUUAAUUUUUAAAAACAU